AUGUUUGGCACUAGCAUAAUUUCUGAGGUUCAAACAGCUUUAUUACAUGCUCUUAAAAUAGAUAAUCAAGAUGUUAUUCAAGUUCUUCUUGGUCUAGCAACAAGUGUCCUUUUUGAUGAAUCUAUGAAACAGGAUAUUAACAUGUUAUUGAAUAAAUCGAAAUUAGAUGCAAGUCAAAAACUUACAUAUGAACUCGCUAAUUUAAACUACAAUUCAGAUGAUCAAUUACUAGAUAAAUUAGCUGAAUUUGAUCAAGCUAAAUUUCUAGAAAAAAAUUUUGAUCAAAUUAAUUUUAUUAUCGACAACCGUUCAGAAUUAGUUAGUAAAGCUUUAACAACUUUAAUGCAAUGUUAA